AUGCCGGGACAUGAAAGCCCGACGACCAUCCACAUACCGCCGAAAGGACCGCAAGAGGCGAAAGGACCAUCGGCCUGGGAACGAUUCCGAGGUGGACCUUGCCUCUUCCUUGCCCGCAAGAUCUCUGACCGGCGACCAAUUACCCUCCGUGCACCGCCUGAAGACCCGAUCACUGUGGUCUGCAUCUCAAACACAUACAACGAGCGACCACAGAUACCGCCAGGUGACAUCCUAAUCCAUGCCGGCGAUAUGGCAGAAGACGGGUCACUCCGCGAUCUCCAAGCCACACUCAAUUGGCUGAAGGACCAGCCACACCACAUUAAGAUUGUGGUCGCGGGCAGACGCGACAAGUAUCUCAAUAAAAUGAAGACGGGAGGCCCUCACUGGAGACAUGGAUUUCGCCGAAAGGGAAACUGGGGCGACAUCAUCUAUCUAGAGCACCAGCAAGUCGUGGUAGCUGCCGAGAACGGACGGCUGCUCCGCGUCUUUGGAAGUCCUUGCUCACCAAAGAGCAUUCAUUCCCGGGCUUUCCAGUACCCUCGCGAUGAAAACGUUUGGAACAAAGUCCCAAACAAUGUCGACAUUCUUAUCACUCACACACCGCCAUUCACACAUCUCGACUCUCUCGAAGGCUGCUGGCAUUUGCUGCGUAAGUUGUGGAAGAGUCAUCCUCGACUGCACGUUUUCGGGUGCGUUCGUGAGCAUCAUGGAACUGAGCUUUUGUGCUAUGAUGAUCUUCAGAGCGCUAUGGAGCAAAUUGAGGCUGCGCGUGGCGGCUUCUUGAAUCUUCUGAAGGUAAUCAAAGCGUUUGUGCGUUCCCUUUCCAGCCCCGAUAUGGAGGCCAAUACCGAGCUCGUGAAUGCAUGCAUUGUUGGGGGAGAGUCGGAUCCCCACCGCGAACCGAUCACUGUCGUCAUUUGA